AUGCCGAACGGAGCCCGUCCCGACACCACCAACACCGGCUCCCGUCCCAUCGUCCGCCAACAGGAGUUCCCGAGCCGUCCCGAUACCACCCACCCCGGGUCCCAUCGUCGGUCGAUAAUGUUUUCGAUCCGGAUCGUUGAUUCGGUAACAUUUUCGCCCCGGUUUCCGAUUAUCUCUUAUAACUCCGGUUACCGACCACUCAGCACUGCAACCCGAUCGCGACUGCGCCCAACCAUUCCGGCCCAUGCCAUGGAGA